UUAUAACCAGACGCUUAAAAAGAUACAAUUACAUUUGACUUUGUGGGAUUUUCUCCUGUAAAAUCUCCACCUGUGUGUCCAGGUCUAAGUGACGCUGCAUUGGAACAGGGAGUUCCUCUCCAUUUCCCGUGAGCGGCAGGGACAAGCGGGUCGACGAGUCUGCCGUUCUUGCGCCGCGCUAAGAUGUCCCGUUUUAAAGCGGAUUUAUUUGGCUGCAACAGGCUACAUUACUGGCUCUUAACGACGGUAUGAACUACUGAAGACCAAGUGCCAGAUCGUCACGCAGGACGAGGACCAUGAUUGACAGCCAGGCAAGCUGAGGAGACCUGCCACUCAUCUUCCUAUCAGCGUGUCAGAGGGCUAUCUCCGUCUUGCCUCCCCCCUCUUCCUCCUCCUUCUCCUCCACCAUCCUCCUCCCUCCCUCGGUCCUGUCUUAUCUUCUCAAUGGGCUGGUAGCCCCACCACCCCCCAAAACCUGAAAGAGACAGAAAUUGUACUGAAAAACACUUCUAAAACAACCCUUGUCCCACCUAAAGGGAGUCUGGCAUGCCUCCUCACUCUUCUUGAGUGAAGUGUAGUAAGUGGAAGUCGAAGAGCGAUCCCUUGUUUGUACACCCUUCAGAAGGAGAUACAGCUCCUUAACGAGGAGCUGAGAAAGGGCCAGUCAUGCGUUUCCACUUUGCGCUGAUGCUGCAAGCACUGUGGACUGGUGUUUGCCAGGCAGCCAUGCAGCACUACCCUGCAGCAUGGGGACAUUAUGAUGUGUGCAAGUCCCAGGUUUAUUCAGAUGAAGGCUUAACCUGGGACUACAUGGCCUGCCAACCCGAGGCAGCAGAUAUGACCCAGUACCUAAAGGUGACUCUAGAUCCCCCCAACAUCACUUGUGGAGACCCUCCAGAGACGUACUGUGCCCUGGAAAACCCUUACAUGUGUAACAAUGAGUGUGAUGCCAGCACUGAAGAGCUUGCCCAUCCUCCAGAGCUCAUGUUCGACACUGAGGGCCGUAACCCCACAACCUUCUGGCAGUCCACCUCCUGGAAGAAGUACCCAAAAGCCCUACUGGUCAACAUCACUCUAUCUUGGAACAAGACCAUUGAGCUGACUGACGACAUUGUCCUCACCUUUGAGUCAGGUCGACCUGAACAGAUGGUCCUUGAAAAAUCACUAGAUUAUGGACGAACCUGGCAGCCCUACCAGUUCUAUGCCACUGACUGCUUGGAUGCCUUCACCAUGGAGCCCAAGACAGUGCAAGACCUAACUCAGCAAACCCUGUUGGACAUAAUCUGCACUGAGGAGUACUCACGAGGCUACGUGUGGAAGUAUGAUAAAACUGUACGCUUUGAGAUCAAGGACCGAUUUGCACUGUUUGCUGGACCCCGGCUCCACAACAUGGCCUCACUUUACGGACAACUGGACACAACCAAGAAGCUGCGGGACUUCUUUACCAUUACUGAUCUGAGAAUCCGACUGCUCCGGCCUGCCACGGGAGCCACAACGGUGGAUGAGAACAACCUCUCCAGAUACUUCUAUGCCAUUUCUGACAUCAAAGUUCAGGGCAGGUGCAAGUGCAAUCUCCAUGCCAACAGCUGCGUAUAUGACAAAGAGAAGUUGAGCUGUGAGUGCGAACACAACACCACUGGGCCCGACUGUGGCCGCUGUAAGAGGAACUACCAGGGGCGAGCGUGGAGUGCUGGCUCAUACCUGCCCAUACCCAAGGGCACCGCAAAUAUCUGUAUUCCUAGUAACAUUGGUCCAGUUAACUGCGAAUGCUUCGGCCACUCCAACCGAUGCAGCUAUAUCGAGCUGCUAAACACCGUCAUUUGCGUGAGCUGUAAGCACAACACUAGGGGCCAGCACUGCCAGCUAUGCAAGCUGGGCUACUACCGCAAUGCCUCAGCAGAACUGGACGAUGAAAAUGUGUGCAUAGAAUGUAAUUGUAAUCCCUAUGGCUCAGUCAGUGAUCGCUGUAAUGGCACAGGAUUUUGUAUAUGUAAGGAGGGCACUACAGGGCCUAAGUGUCAGGAGUGUCUACCCGGCUAUUUGUGGGACAAUGGCUGCAAAUCCCGGGUGUGUGACAACGAGCUCCUGCGCUGCCAAAAUGGCGGGACGUGUAUCAACAACGUCCGCUGCAACUGUCCCUCAGCCUACACGGGCUUGCUGUGUGAGAAGCCCCGCUGUGAGUCCGAGCUGGGAGGCUGUGGAGGCCCAGAUUCAGGCCAGGCUCACCUGACGCCUCCAUCCACCUCCAGGUUGUUGCUGCUGCUGCUGCUAGGCUCAGCUCUGCUGAGAGAGGCCUCCUUCCGGCCCGCUGUGCUCUAAAGAGACCCAUUACUUGGUGGGAGUCGCACACUUCCCACCGUCUCCGACUUAACCCGCUCAUCCCCCCCUCCCCUUUCAAAUAAUCAAUGACCAUUAAAAAAGAACAACCAUGAGCUUUCUGGACUGUAAUGUUCUGAGCUUCUCCGCCUCCAGACUCAAUGGACACUCGCACUGACAAUAAAGGGAAUGUGCCAGUCAAAUGAGUGCAAAAACUUUUCAUUUAAUUACAAAGAAUAUAUAGAAAAAAUCUUAUACUUCUAAAAAAAAAAAACAGAUAUUAUUAGAAAUAUGAGUAACUGAGGGUUUGCCUAACAAAAGUAACAUGAGCAGAGAAUGGUGAAUCCCACCCCCACCCCCAUCCCCCUCCCCCCAAAAGCCAUACCAGGUACAUGAGCCCCUUCGAUUUCGAGGAGAUAACUAAAGAUGACAGACUUGUUCACUUCUUCUCAUAUUGCCACGGCAACAACAGCUGCGACCAAUCAGCUCUCGCACAAGCCGACAGUGGCCGUCGACCCCUUUGGGAUGCUUCUGCGCGUUAAUGUUGGCUGGACUGAUGCCGAAGAAAAAGGAGGAAAAAAAAAGAAAAACAAAAAAAAAAAAAAGCAAAAAGCAAAACUCGUCCCCACUGAACGGCAAAGACUGGCCUCAGAAACAAACCCGUUACACUUCGGUGCGGUAACAGAAAGAGGUGAAAAACCCCAGGACUCAUUCUUUGCUGUCAGUGCAUUGUGGAUAGAAGGAAAUCUGUCCGGACUGCCACUUUGUGACACAAAACCUCGCCCACGUUGAUCCCUCUCUGUCUCUAUCUUUCUGUCUCUCCUUUGAGCUCGGUCUCAUCCUCUUGUUCAUCCCCCCUCUCUUCCCUCUGAUCCCAGAUCCAUCCCCAUGCUGCCACUGACCUGUGCUUUCGUGACCGUUACUCUGUAAACCCUUGUUGGUUGAAAGAUUCUUUUGUCCAAUGUUAGUGAUGCACAUGUAAGAAUCCCCCGUCCCAUCCCUCGCCCUCCUUUCCUCUCUUCCAAAAAGAUACUCCAGUGAAGCUGUCUGAUUCUUUUUCUAUCUUAGUGCCACCGCCCUCCCUACUGUCAUGGUCAGAGGAUAGUAUUCACCUGAGCAGACGAGAAGUGCGUAGAAAAUCAUCAGUGUAUUUGCAAGUUCUUUUCUCGACAGAGCAAACAAAACAAAACAAAAAAAAAAAAAAAAAUUCAUGUAGUCCUUUUGUAUCAUUGCCAAACUGUGA